AAUUUGUACAUGAUUACAUCUUUCGACCAAAUUAAUUAGAGAGAUUAUGGGACAAAAAUUACCUAAUUAAGUCACUGGUUUUGGGGUUAAUGAAAAAAUAAGAGAAAGUUAAAAGACCUGAGUUGCUGCCGUUUGCGAGAGAGGAGCUGUGUCGCUUCCGUCGUUGGUGAAGAAGUCGUCGGCGACUUAGGGAGGAGAUAGCCGUCGUCGUAAGCGAGUAGGGGAGAAGUUGUUGCCGUCUCCGUCGUCGUCAAAUCGCUUGGCAGCGAAUCACCGUCGUCGUCCACUCUCGGAGCAGUGGGCAGCGGCUUCAAAGAGGUGAGGUGAGAGAGAGUACGAGCGAGAGCGAGAGAGGGAUCUGAUAAUAAUUAAGAUGGCUCAAUAUUGGAAUGGGAGAUGUCCAGUUACCAUAACUGAAUCUUCAGACAUGUUCUCUCUAAGUUUCGGUUGUGCAGGGGACAAAGCUAGAGUCCUACUUCGUGAACCUUUUCACUUUCAGAAUCACCACAUUAUCUUGCACUCCCCCACACCUGGACAAAGUGUACAAUCUGAAUCACUCAAAUUUACACCCUUUUGGGUUCAAAUUUACAGGCUUCUAUUUCUUAGUAAGACAAAAGGGCUGGCUGUUGCUCUUGGUAACAUUAUUGGCGAAUUUGUGGAUGUGUUUGAAGACUCGCUAAAUAAAGGAUGGGGGCCUUUUUUGCGAGUGAGAGUCAAAAUUGAUAUUACCAAGCCACUUCUACGAGGAAGAAUGAUUACCCUGCAGCAACCAAAAGAUGAUUUUUGGGUGGAAUUCAGAUAUGAGUGUUUACCCGAAUAUUGUAUGGAAUGUGGGCGCAUCGGACAUCCUUUUGAUAAGUGUAUGAUCUAUCUUGAGAAGUUAGACAAUGGUAUUGAACCAGAUCUUGAGUAUCGCCCAACUAUGAAGGGUUCACCACUUCCAAUCUCAAGUUAUGAUCGUUAUCGAACUGAUUUCUCAAAGGGAAACGCUUGGCCAUUACUUACCCGUUUGGCUAAAAAUUCCUUCAUCUCGGUAAUUCCAAGUUUAAAGAAUCAAGCCCCUCCUUCUCCAAAUCCUAUGUUUAUUGGAGAAUCUUCUCGCUCUGGUGUUAAUUCCCUUGCUUCUACUAAUGAAAUUCUCCAACAUUCUGUGAACAACAACACUCUUCACUCUGAUGUUCCUGUUGUCUCUGAUGUUCCUACCACUGCUACUUCACUGAUUCAACACACUUCACGGCCUGCGGCUUCAGUCAACCCAGCAACUUCAAUUCAUGCACAAACUCCACAUAACAAAUCCUUAACAAACAAUGUACGAGUCAACACUGCAGUCAAAUUAGACUCACCUGCUUCUUCAAAAAUUAAUGAAUCAGUAGUAGAUUUAUCUGGGAUUUUCACUCCAUUGACUGUCAUGGACUUGGCACCCAAUGCUUAUGCAACUUAUCCUCCAACAAGUCGCACCUGGCAGCCACCAAAGCCAACUCAACUAAAUAUCCCCUUACCAACUCAAUCAUACAUUGUUUCCAAGCCAACUCCUACUGCCAGUGCUACACCUCAGAGUGGAAAAGAGAACUUGUAACCUAAUCGGCUUCCGAAGAGAAUUUCUGAAGGAACUAAUCUUCGACAAACUCUUAAAAGAUGCAGGGGUAAUCCAGCACAAUUGUUCUUUUCUCCUUUGUCAGCAGAAAAUGAACCACACUUGGAUGUUUCCAUUGAUGGAAUGGAUUCGACUGGUGUCUAUGACAGCGAUGCGGAGUCUGAGUCUCAGCUCCGCGAUCAGCCAUGAAAAUCUUAAGUUGGAAUUCUCGUGGUUUGGGGAACCCGAAUGCUUUCCGUCAUCUUAAAUUGCUUGUCAAAGAGCAAUCCCCACAUGUUUUAUUUCUUAUGGAAACUAAGUUAGGUCCUAAUUCUAUUUCUCGUUUUCGUAAUGUAUUACAUUUCAAUAAUGGACUUGAAGUCCCUCGUGUCGGUCUUAGUGGUGGUUUAAUGUUACUUUGGAAAGAUGAUGUAAAUGUAACUCUUUUAAAUUAUAAUAUAAAUAUGUUUGAUUGCUA